UUAUUGAUUUCUCUAUAGCGACCCAUUGUGGGCAUUGAGGCAUUCAGCUCAUCUUCUGAAAGAAACAGGCCAAAACUUUGCAACUCUUCUGGUCUUGCCCUCAAUUGGAUCACAGGAUGAUGCAAGAACUGCUCCCAAAUUUCCACUUCCCGGCAGCCAUGGUUGACCACAAACGCAUGGUCCGACACAGAUUCGCAUGCAUGCAACUUUGCCUCGAACCACUAUAAGUAGGGGGCAGUUUGUGUUGCCCAUCUCAAAUCCAAGCUGCAGAGACCUUACUGCUUAAGUAUACGCAGCUUCAGUUCACUGAGCCAGCAGGCAGCAGCACAGGUUGCCAUGGCGGCUCGGGGUCCUGCCUUGAUGCAAUGGCUGCUCGCCGUCUCCCUCCUCUCCUUGGCCGCCAACGCGCAGCUCUCGACGACCUUCUACGCGACCUCCUGCCCCAACCUGGAGAGCAUCGUGCGGGCGGCCAUGACCCAGGCCGUCAGCAACGAGCAAAGGAUCGGCGCCUCCCUGCUCAGGCUCUUCUUCCACGACUGCUUCGUGCAAGGAUGCGACGGCUCGAUUCUUCUCGACGCCGGAGGGGAGAAGACAGCCGGCCCGAACGCCAACUCGGUGCGCGGGUUCGAGGUCAUCGACACCAUCAAGAGGAACGUCGAGGCCGCGUGCCCCGGCGUCGUGUCGUGCGCCGACAUCCUCGCGCUCGCCGCGCGCGACGGCACGACUCUUCUCGGCGGGCCGAACUGGAACGUGCCGCUCGGCCGGCGGGACUCGACGACGGCGAGCGCGUCCCUCGCCAACCAGAACCUGCCGCCGCCGACGGCCAGCCUCGCCACGCUCGUCUCGCUGUUCGGCCGGCAGGGCCUGUCGGCGAGCGACAUGACGGCGCUGUCGGGCGCGCACACCAUCGGGCAGGCCCGGUGCGCCACCUUCCGCGCCCGCGUCAACGGCGGCGACGCCGACAUCGACCCGGCCUUCGCGGCGCUCCGGCAGCGGACGUGCCCGCGCUCCGGCGGCGACGGCAACCUGGCGCCCAUCGACGCGCAGACCCCGGCGGCGUUCGACGCGGCCUACUUCACCAACCUGCUGUCGCGGCGGGGGCUGUUCCACUCGGACCAGGAGCUCUUCAACGGCGGGUCGCAGGACGCGCUGGUGCGGCAGUACAGCGCCAGCCCCUCGCUCUUCAGGAGCGACUUCGCGGCGGCCAUGAUAAAGAUGGGCAACAUCGGGGCCGGCAACGCCGGGCAGAUCAGGCGCAACUGCCGGGUCGUCAACAGCUAGAUGCAUGAAGGAACUAGUCUCUAGCAGUAUAGCUACAGAAUUCACAAGAAUAAUAAGAUGUGUGAACGACUACGCAAGUAGUGAUCGAGAAGCAGCAUCACUUGUUGCAUGGCCAGGUUAUCGAAACUGUUCACCUGGCCAUAUUCGAUGGAUUGCCCAUGCUGGGUGUGUGCGCCAAAUGAAGGCACACCAAAAGUUUCUCUUUUUUUUUGCGGGUAAGUUUCUCCUGAUAUAUUAUACUAGUUUUUUUUCUUUUCUCCACUAGACAUGCCUACCUAUUUGUCUUAUGAUUGUUGUGAACAAAAUACCAUAUCUUUGUCGAAUAAAUUUAUCAACAACUAGUGAAGGUGGGAGGAUAUAA